GAAAAAAAUAACUUUUAUCGCGUUAUCACGUUCAUGUAUGAUUCAACUUGCCUGAUAUAGUGCUCAUCAUAUGUCACCGAGAACUUGUGUUGUGUUGCAGAGGAGUGACAGAUGAGAAGGAUCGCUCCAUGAAAGGCCAAACGCGACUCUCGGCCACGCUGGCGGCGCUGGUGGUGGUUGCGGCGGCGUCCGCAGAGCCGCAGAACACCACGAGGGGGAUGGAGCUGCUCAACUUCAUUCUGACGGAAGGAGACCCAAAGACGCAACUCUGCGGAUACUUAACGUGUCAUCCGCCUCUCGGGAGAGAAGAAUGCCCUGAGGGAACGCUCUUCGUCGAAGGAGUGAGGCAGUUCGGAUGCUGUGGCGCCUGCGUUCGGUUUUUGCAGUACAACGAAACCCUGUGCACGGGGAGCAUCGACCCGAACUUCGGCGGGGGUUACGGGAUCCUACAGGACCUCCAGGACGAGGAGAGGAGCGGGAGGGCUUCUUCACUUCCUGACGACGACCACAACAUCAUGCACUCGAGAUGGUGCGAUUACUCCCUGGGAUGCUACAACGGCACCUGUCUGCCUGACGAGGACGGGCGCGGGUGUCGCUUCGUCCGGGACAGGUACGACGAGGCGCGGGCGAGCGGGGACUACGAAGCCUACCGCGACGACUACCGCUGGAGACCCGAGUGUUCGCCCGACGGGACCUACGAACCCAAGCAGUGCAAGGGACCCGCCAGCGAGGCCAGGUGCUUCUGCGUAGACCCCGACGGCAAUACCAUCUUCGGCAGCGCCUUCCCCGAGCAAGAAGAACUCCUCUCCACAAUGAACUGCCAGUGCUCUCGACUGGCGUGGGCGCGAGAGGCAGCCAGGGACAGGACCGCCACGCUCCACUGCGCCCUCAACGGGAAUUUCGAGGAGCUGCAGUGUGAAGCAGGGUGGUGCUUCUGCAUAGACCCCCUGGACGCGAAACCCUACGGCAAGAGGAUACCAGAGCAAGCCAUGUUUCUUCUGCCUUGUUACAACAUCACCGAGGUAGGCGAGCAGUACCUGAGGCGCUGCGAAAGUGAGUACCACGCCCACCAGGUGCUCUACGCGGAGAUGAUGAUGCACGGCACGGAGGGGCCCUCGAUCCGCCUGCGCUGCGACCCCGACGGAUCCUACAGCGCCGAGCAGUGCGACUAUGACAUGUGCCGCUGUUAUGACAGAUAUCUCAACAAUUUGGGAAUCUCUCGCGGAGGCUGCAAGUGUGCACGGGACAAGCAUUUCUACGAUGAGCAGCAAGUGCUGAUGGAGAUCGAUUGCCGGGCUCCCGACGGCGGCGAGGCAGGGACGUACAGCAUUCUGCAGAAAAGGGGCGGCUACUCCUUCUGCGUGGACGAGGAUGGUGUGCGGGCAGGACCUCUGGUAUGUAGCGACUAUGAGUCGAAACUCGACUGUGACCUGGCAAAGGAGUGUCAGAAGGGAGGCGAUUAUUCCAAGACGUGUAAAAAAGUGUGCAAGAACUGUCCCCUUGAAGCCUUUGCCGUAAACAACCCGGCGUGCACCAAUCUUUAAUCGAAACAACUCAGCGUGUCUAAUAUUUUAGCGACUGUGUGUAUGUUCAUUGCCGAUACCACAUUCGGCUUAAUAGCUUUUAACAGUAUCGGAUUUGUUUUGUUUGUGGUUUUAUAAAGGCGCCAGUUUCGGUUGCUGCUUUGCCCGGCUUCUCCUCGGCCUAGAAGUUAAAACUUGGCUGACGUCGGUCAUGGUGUCGAGUGGUGGAAAGGAAAACGUUUCUAAUACACUGGUUUUAUACUGUCUUUGCAUACCCGAAGUGAGACUCGUAUUACUUUAUAUGGGUAUUGCUUAUAUUAUACAUUUAUUUGCAUAGACUCUGAACUAUGUUAUCUCUUGUUGUUAGAGAAUUUUUACAUUAUGUCCUUGGUGCUUCACUGACGCUGAAAGAGGAACAACGUACAUGAUAUCUGAAGUGAAAUGCAAAUAAAGGCAUUGUUUCCAA